AUGAAUAUUGCCAAGGGAACAAUAUUUCUCCUUCUGCCUGGACUUGGCAUGGUAGGGAACCUUUCUGUCUUUGUGAAUUACAUGUGGUUUUUGGAUGCUGAGAAAAAACCUGUACAUGUGAUCCUCAUCCACUUGACUUUUACAAAUGUAAUAAUGAUUUUGACCAAAGCAAUGCACCACAUGAUGGUAGCUUUUGGUGUGAAAAACUUCCUACAUGACACGGGCUGUAAGAUGGUUAUUUACCUGAGCAGGGUGACUCAGGGCCUAUCUAUGUGCACCUACAGCCUCCUCACAGUUGUCCAGGCCAUCACCAUCAGCCCCAGGGCCUCAGUGUGGGGGCGGCACCAGCCAAAGGCAGCUCGGCACAUACUUCUCUGUCUGCUUUUAUUCUGGGUGCUCAACUCCUUGAUAAACAUGAACUUACUCCACGUCAUCACAAGCAGCAGCAGAAAUGGAUCACACAUGAUUGAAAAUCAUUACUAUUGUUAUGUUCAGUCACAAAGCCAGGUAACACGAUGGUUUAUUCUCAGUGUCAUGGCCCUUCAUGAUGCCCUUUUUCUGAUUCUCCUAGGCAUGGCCAGUGGCUACAUGGUGUUCCUUCUCCACCAACAUCAUAAGCAUGCACUCUACCUGCAGAACACCAAGCACCUCUGCACCAUGCCCCCUGAGAUCAAAGCUGCUCAAAGUGUUCUCCUUCUGAUGCUUUGUUUUCUUCUCUUUUAUUGGACAGAUUCUAUUAUUACUUUAUGU